CCGUAAGUACAGAUAGACACGGCAAUGGCCAAUCCGACCAUACCGAACCGGUUGCCCUACCACCCGUCGGAAGAAAAAGAUCUGAAUCCGCUCGACCCGUCGGGUAUCACUAUGACUAUGACUUGAAAUCGAGUGUAGAGGGAGAAGGGGGGCGGAGAAGAGACUCGAACCGGGAAUGAAGGUGCUGGUCACGGGGGCGUCCGGAUACCUGGGCGGCAGGCUUUGCCGCCGGCUGGUGGCGGAAGGCCACGCCGUGCGGGUGUUCGUGCGGCGGAGCAGCGAUCUCAGCUCCCUCCCUCCCUCCAUCGAGCUCGCUUACGGCGAUAUCACCGACCUCCCUUCCCUCCUCGAUGCCUGCUCGGGCUGCGACCUCCUCUUCCACGCCGCUGCCCUCGUCGAGCCCUGGCUCCCCAACCCAUCUCAAUUCUUCGCCGUCAACGUCGGAGGGCUGAAGAAUGUCUUGCAAGCUUUCAGAGAGACCAAGACACUGCAGAGGAUAAUAUAUACGUCGUCAUUUUUCGCUCUCGGUCCUACUGAUGGAUAUGUUGCAGAUGAGAAGCAGAUGCAUCAGGGGAAGGUAUUCUGCACAGAAUAUGAAAAAUCCAAGGCUAAGGCAGAUGGGAUUGCAUUGCAGGCUGCAGCAGAUGGGAUACCAAUUGUUCUUCUUUAUCCAGGAGUCAUUUAUGGUCCUGGAAAAGUUACAACUGGAAAUGUAGUUGCAAAAAUUCUGAUUGAGCGUUUCAAUGGACGCUUACCUGGUUAUAUAGGCAAUGGGAAUGAUAGGACAUCAUUUUGCCACGUUGAAGAUGUUGUAAGCGGACAUAUAGCAGCAAUGCAUAAGGGAAGAGUAGGUGAAAGGUACCUUCUCACAGGAGAAAAUGCAUCUUUCAAGCAUGUUUUUGACAUGGCUGCACUCAUCACGAAAACAAAGAGGCCAUGGUUCCACAUCCCUCUGUGGGUGAUCGAAAUCUAUGGAUGGAUAUCAGUUUUCUUUUCUCGGAUCACAGGAAAACUCCCACUUAUCAGUUAUCCAAGUGUGCGAGUAUUAAGACAUCAAUGGGCAUAUUCCUGUGAGAAGGCCAAAGAAGAGUUAGAUUAUAGUCCUAGAAGCUUGAAUGAGGGUUUGACAGAGAUCCUCCUAUGGCUCAAGAGCUUAGGAUUGAUAAAAUACUAAAUCUGGCAUUUUGUUUUCUUUAUGAUUCCUGCAUUUUCUCUAUAGCUCUCCAUUUUCAGUGAACUUUAAAUGCUGUUUCUUGGUCCUUUUAAGCAAGCAUAUCAUAAUUAGUGCCAGAAGAGUACAUAGAUCUCUCUGUCAUACGCAUUCUGUUUAAUGCUGUGUUGAAUCAUAUCCAUCAGAAACAGAAUUACUGUUGUGUAAUUAUGUGGCCAUCUGAAAUGAAAAGCAGUGUCUAAAGAUCAAACCAU